GCUACUUUCCGUUUGACAUCCACUGAAACAAUGAAGGUCCUUGUACUGUGCGUUAUUGUUGCUGCGGUUUUGGCGGUUACCCAAGGCAGGAAAGAAUGCGCAUGUGCGCAAGUCUAUGAGCCGGUUUGUGGGAGGAACGGAAAGAGCUAUCCCAACGAUUGUGUACGAAAUUGCUCAAAUACACCAAAAAAAUCUGACGGUCUGUGUCCAGAAUGCGUUUGCAUAAUGAGUUAUGACCCCGUAUGUGGCAAUGACGGGAUCACCUAUGGCAACGAGUGUAUGAUGAACUGCGUGGGAGUCGAGAAAGCCGGCGAUGGAGAGUGUUAGUUAUUGUUAUUGAACGCCCUGAUAUGAACGCAUAAAACUGAAAUAUAUUAAUAA